UUUCGUCCUCCUGUGCACGAGAGGGCGAAGCAGCAGUAUAUGAAGGAGCAAGAAUGAGGGGCCCGCGGGACUACACUUCCCAGAAGGUCUCUGCGCGAUCCCCCGAGAUGCUCAGCGGCCGAGGACUGCACUUCCCAGGUUGCCGUGGGGCUAGACGUGACUGUGUCUCCCACUGAGCCAAACUGAAAAUGGGCACUGGUUCUUCGGUGGGAGUUGGCUGUUGAGCUGUACAUCUCAUUGCCUGGAAACGGGAGCCGGAAGGUUCUCAAACAAGAUUCCGCUUUCUUAGGGCGGUAACAGCGUGCACGGGUUAGGGAGGGGCGGUGGGAAAAGCGGAGCCGCUCUGAACCAUGCUAUGGAACUGUGGGUCUCUCUGUGAAGAGGCCCAGCUUUGCGGGACAUUGGUGUGAGCCUGCGCCGAGAGACGUUCGUGUGACAGGCCGAAAACUACACUUCCCAGCAUCCUCGCGGUACCAGAACUACCUUACCCAAAAGCCUGAGCGCGAUUUAUCCAGCCCUUCGCCCUGGAAAGCCGAAGACAUGUGGGGUCGCUGGUUAGGGCGUCUACUGCGUUCUGAAGGCAGCGGGGCCUGCCGGGUUUCAACUCCCCGCGGGCGUUUUUCCCCGGCCCUGAGGAGAGAUUUCUUCACCACCGCAACCAAGGAAGGAUAUGAUAUGAGGCCAGUGGACAUAACUCCUUUAGAACAAAGGAAAUUAACGUUUGAUACGCAUGCAUUGGUUCAGGACUUGGAAACUCAUGGAUUUGACAAAGCACAAGCAGAAACAAUUGUAUCAGCAUUAACCAUUUUAUCGAAUGUCAGCCUCGAUACUAUCUAUAAGGAGAUGGUCACUCAAGCUCAACAGGAAAUAACAGUACAGCAGUUAAUGGCUCAUUUGGACUCCAUCAGGAAAGACAUGGUCAUCCUAGAGAAAAGUGAAUUUGCAAAUCUGCGAGCAGAGAACCAGAAAAUGAAAAUUGAAUUAGAACAAGUUAAGCAACAACUGAUAAAUGAAACCAGUCGAAUCAGAGCAGAUAAUAAACUGGAUAUCAACCUAGAAAGGAGCAGAGUAACAGAUAUGUUUACAGAUCAAGAAAAGAAACUUAUGGAGGCAACCACAGAAUUUACCAAAAAUGAUACCAAAACCAGAGGUAUUAUUUCAGAGACCGGUAACAAAAUUGACACUGAAAUUGCUUCUUUAAAAACCCUAAUGGAGUCUAACAAGCUUGAGACAAUUCGUUACCUUGCAGACAUUCUGCUCCCAACUGUUUUUAUUAAAAACAAUAUUGCGGGCUUCCCUGGUGGUGCCAGUGGUUAAGAAUCCACCUGCCAACACAGGGGACACAGGUUCAAGCCCUGGUCCGGGAAGAUCCCACAUGCCGUGGAGCAAUGAAGCCCAUGUGCCUAGAGCCUGUGCUCCGCAACAAGAGAAGCCCCUGCUCGCCACAACUAGAGAAAGCCCACGUGCAGCAACGAAGACCCAAUGCAGCCAAAAAUAAAUAAAAUAAAUUUAUUUUAAAAAAUAUUGGACCAAAUAGCCCUAUAUAUGUGUGAGUAAAUACACACACACCCCUUUAUGCCAUCAUGCUAGUAUUUCUAUAUAAUAAAUUGCUUAUGCACAUCUAAAAAUUGGGGUCAAAAAGAUAGGCACAUUUAAAAUUUUUAUGUUAUUGAAUUGUCCAAAAUAAAAUUGCUGCUUUAUACCAUCAGUGAUUUUCUGGGUAGGCACUAAUUAUGUUGAAGCGGCAGCAGGAGUAGAGAUGGAGCCCCUAGCCCUCAGCUGAUGCACACCCCGACUCCCCCUUCCUCUCUUCAACUUGAAUGACUUAGCAUCUAAGAUCCAUUUGAAGAAAGGGUUCUAAGGCUAAAACAAGAUUUGAAAACCCCUAUUCUAGCAAAGUCUCUGGAACCAGAGAUCAUCUGUCCAAUAGGAAUGCUAACAGGAAAUGCCAAAUCAGCACAGUUUGCAGUGUUCAUUCCCACUUUCAAAAUAGACCUCAAAGCACCCCAGGUUAGGAAGAGCUUUGUAUUCCACUCAGCUUCUUCUAAUGUAUUUACCUAAAGAGUUAUCUUCCUUUCCUUUUUUCACUGUGGAUUUACAACUAACAGUUCUGAAGGCACCACCCUUUAUUUUUAAGAGCAACAGCAACUACCUUGGAGACAGGUACACAUAGUGUUGAGUCCUGCUUCCACCACUUGCUAGCAGUAAAACUUUGGGCUUGUUGCCUCGUCUGUAUGAUGGGAAUACUAUCACCAACCUCAUAGGGUUUUAAUUAUGGAUAAAUACGGUGAUACAUGAAAUUCUUUAGCACACUAUCUGGAACAUGGUAAGUAGUAGCAUGGUAAGUAGUAGGAUCAAAUGAGAGAAUGUAUAAUUGACCAGUGGCAACAAGACAAGAAACUGUUUAAGUGUUAUUCUUUCUCCUCAACUGUCCAGCUUCCCCCUGUGUCUCAGAGAGACCUAAUCCCAUUUCUUGAAGGAAAUGAUCUUGUCAUUAAUCAAGUUUCAGUAAGUAGUGUGACCAAAUGGGAUAAUGUAUAAUUAGAUUUACACAUUAAAAAAAUAGGAUAGCCUUAACUAUGAAAGGCUGUUUCUCAUGUCUUUUUUUUUUUUUUUUUUUUUUUUAGUUGUUUGGCUAAAAAAGCGUGCAGGCUUUCUCUAGUUGCGGCACGCGGGGGCUACUCUUCAUUGCAGUGCACGGGCUUCUCAUUGCAGUAGCUUGUCUUGUUGCGGAGCACGGGCUCUAGGUGCAUAGGCUCAGUAGUUGUGGCACAGGGGCUCUAGAGCACAGGCUCAGUAGUUGUGGUGCACGGGCUUAGUUGCUCCGCGGCAUGUGGGAUCUUGCCAGACCAGGGCUCAAACCCGUGUCCCCUGCAUCGGCAGGCGGAUUCUUAACCACUGUGCCACUAGGGAAGUCCCUCUUGUGUCUUUAAUCAUAGAAGUUUGCUCUUCAUCUCAGAGUCUCUAUUUUAAAAUCAUGGGUGUUUAAACAGACUAGAAUCUAGGGAGUCCCUAAAAGCCUCACCCAAAUUCACCUUCUUAAGGAGAACAGAAAGGUUUUCUAUCCAGUAUGAUGUAACAUAGAGAACAGGUGGUAUAUUAACUGUUUAAAAAGCCUGAUGCAGGCUUCCCUGGCGGCACAGUGGUUAAGAAUCCGCCUGCCAGUGCAGUAGACACGGGUUCUAGCCCUGGUCCAGGAAGAUCCCACAUGCCGCGGAGCAGCUAAGCCGGGGCGCCACAACUACUGAGCCUGCACUCUAGAGCCCGCGAGCCACAACUACUGAGCCCAUGUGCCACAACUACUGAAGCCUGUGCUCCUAGAGCCCAUGCUCUGCAAUGAGAAGCCACCACAAUGAGAAGCCCACGCACCGCAACAGAGUAUCCCCCCCGCUUGCCACAACUAGAGAAAGCCCACAGGCAGCAAUGAAGACCCAACAGAGCCAAACACAAACAUAUUAAUAAAUAAAUUUAAAAAAAAAUAAAAAGGCUGAUGCUUUCUCUGCCUUUUCUUCUACCUCAUUGAGUUUUUUUUAAAGGGCUUCCAUUAAAAUUUCAUUUUUUAUUUAUAAAUUUUUAAUAAUUAUGAAAUCACUUUUUCUUUUUGCUUUUUUUUAAUAAUUGCCUCACCAUACUGUGUUAGUUUCUGUUGCACAACAAAGCGAAUCAGCCAUAUGCAUACACAUGUACCCAUAUCCCCUCCCUCUUGAGCCUCCCUUCCAUCCUCCCUUUCCCACCCCUCUAGGUCAUCGCAAAGCACCAAGCCGAUCUCCCCGUGCUAUGCUGCUGCUUGCCACCAGCCAACUAUUUUACAUUCAGUAGUGUAUAUAUGUCGAUGCUCCUCUCACUUUCUCCCAGCUUUGCCCUCCCACCCCAUGUCCUCAAGUCCAUUCUCUAUGCCUACCUCUUUAUUCCUGCGCUGCAACUAGGUUCAUCAGUACCAUUUUUUUUUUUUUUUUAGAUUCCAUAUAUAUGCGUUAGUAUAACGGUAUUUUUCUCUUUCUGACUUACUCUGUAUGACAGACUCUGGGUCCAUCCACCUCACUACAAAUAACUCAGUUUCAUUUCUUUUUAUGGCUGAAUAAUAUUCCAUUGUAUAUAUGUCCCACAUCAUCUUUAUCCAUUCAUCUGUUGAUGGACAUUUCGGUUGGUUCCAUGUCCUGGCUAUUGUAAAUAGUGCUGCAGUGAACAUUGUGCUGCAUGUCUCUUUCUGAAUUAUUGUCUUCUCAGGGUAUAUGCCCAGUAGUGGGAUUGCUGGGUCGUACAGUAGUUCUAUUUUUAGUUUUUUAAGGAAACUCCAUACUGUUUUCCAUAGUGGUUGUAUCAAUUUACAUUCCCACCAACAGUGUAGGAGGGUUCCCUUUUCACCACACCCUUUCCAGCAUUUAUUGUUUCUAACUUUUUUGAUACUGGCCAUUCUGACUGGCAUGAGGUGAUAUAUACCUCACUGUAGUUUUGAUUUUCAUUUCUCUAAUAAUUAGUGAUGUUGAGCAUCUUUUCAUGUGCUUCUUGGCCAUCUGUAUGUCUUCCUUGGUGAAAUGUCUGUUCAGGUCUUCCGCCCAUUUUUUAACUGGAUUGUUUGUUUUUUUGAUAUUGAGCUCCAUGAACUGUUGGUAUAGUUUGGAGACUAUUCCUUGGUCUGUUGUUUAAUUUGCAAAUGUUUUCUCCCAUUCUGAGGGUUGUCUUUUUGUCUUGUUUAUGGUUUCCUUUGCUGUGUAAAAGCUUUUAAGUUUAAUUAAGUCCCAUGUGUUUGUUUUUAUUUCUGUUACUCUAGGAGGUGGUUCAAAAAGAUCUUGCUGUGGUUUAUGUCAAAGAGUGUUUUUCCUAUGUUUUCCUCUAAAAGUUUUAUAGUGUCUGGUCUUACAUUUAAGUCUUAAUCCAUUUGGAGUUUAUUUUUGUGUACGGUGUUACGUAAUGUUCUAAUUUCAUUCUUUUACAUGAGGCUGUCCAGUUUUCCCAGCACCACUUAUUGAAGAGGCUGUCUUUUCUCCAUUGUAUGUUCUUGCCUCCUUUGUCAUAAAUUAGGUGCCCAUAUGUGCGUGGGUUUAUCUCUGGGCAUUCUAACCUGUACCCUUGAUCUAUAUUUCUGUUUUUGUGCCAGUACCAUACUGUCUUGAUUACUGUAGCUUUGUUGUAUAGUUUGAAGUCAGGGAGCCAGAUUCCUCCAACUCCGUUUUUCUUUCUCAUGAUAGCUUUGGCUAUUCGGGGUCUUUUGUGUUUCCAUACGAAUUGUAAGAUUUUUUUGUUCUAAUUUUGUGAAGAAUGCCAUUGGUAGUUUGAUAGGGAUUGCACUGAAUCUGUAGAUUGCUUUGGGUAGUAUAGUCAUUUUCACAAUAUUGAUUCUUCCAGUCAGAGAACAUGGUAUAUUUCUCCGUCUGUUUAUGUCAUCUUUGAUUUCUUUCAUCAGUGUUUUAUAGUUUUCUGAGUACAAGUCUUUCACCUCCUUAGGCAGAUUUAUGCCUAGGUAUUUUAUUCUUUUUGUUGCAAUGGUAAAUGGUAAUUUCUCUUUCUUAUUUUUCUUUGUUGGUGUAUAGGAAUGCCAGAGAUUUCUGUGCAUUUUGUAUCCUGCAACCUUACCAAAUUCAUUGAUUAGUUCUAGUAGUUUUCUGGUGGCAUCUUUAGGAUUUUCUAUGUAUAGUAUCAUGUCAUUGGCAAAUAGUGACAGUUUUACUUCUUCUUUUCCAAUUUGUAUUCCUUUUAUUUCUUUUUCUUCUCUGAUUGCUGUGGCUAGGACUUCCAAAACUGUUGAAUAAGAGUGGCGAGAGUGGACAUCCUUGUCUUGUUCCUGAUCUUAGAGGAAAUGCUUUCAGUUUUUCACAUUGAAUAUGAUGCUUGCUGUGGGUUUGUCAUAAUAUGGCCUUUAUUAUGUUGAGGUAGGUUCCCUCUAUGCCCAUUUUCUGGAGAGUUUUUACCAUAAAUGGGUGCUGAAUUUUGUCAAAAGCAUUUUCUGCAUCUAUUGAGAUGAUCAUAUGGUUUUUAUUCCUUAAUUUGUUAACGUGGUAUAUCACAUUGAUUGAUUUGCGUAUAUUGAAGAAUUCUUCCAUCCCUGGGAUAAAUCUCACUUGAUCAUGGUGUAUGAUCCUUUUAAUGUGCUGUUGGAUUCCUGUUUGUUAGUAUUUUGUUCAGGAUUUUUGCAUGUAUGUUCAUCAGUGAUAUUGGUCUGCAAUUUUCUUUUUUUGUGAUAUCUUUUUCUGGUUUUGGAAUCAGGGUGAUGGUGGCUUCGUAGAAUGAAUUUGGGAGUGUUUCUCCCUCUGCAGUUUUUUGGAAGAGUUUGAGAAGGAUUGGUGUUAGCUCUUUUCUAAACGUUUGAUAGAAUUCGCCUGUGAAGCUAUCUGGUCCUGGACUUCUGUUUCUUGGAAGAUUUUUAAUUAUGCUUUCAGUUUCAUUACUUGUGAUACGUCUGUUUAUAUUUUCUAAUUCUUCCUGUUUCGGUCUUGUAAAAUUGUACCUUUCCAAGAAUUUGUCCAUUUCUUCAUGGUUGUCCAUUUUAUUGGCAUAUAGUUGUUUGUAGUAGUCUCUUAUAAUCCUUUGUAUUUCUGCAGUGUCCGUUGUGAUUUCUCCUUUUUCAUUUCUAAUUUUAUUGAUUUGCACCCUCUCCCUUUUUAUCUUGAUGAGUCUGGCUAAGGGUUUAUCAAUUUUGUUUAUCUUCUCAAAGAACCAGCUUUUAGUUUUAUUGAUCUUUGCUAUUGUUUUCUUUGUUUCUAUUUCAUUUAUUUCUGCUUUGAUCUUUAUGAUUUCUUUCCUUCUACUGAAUUUGGAUUUUCUUUGGUCAUCGUUCUCUAGUUGUUUUAAGCGUAGGGUUAGAUUGUUUGAGAUUUUUCUUUUUUCUUGAGGUGAGAUUGAAUUGCUGUAAACUUCCCUUUUAGAACUGCUUUUGCUGCGUCCCAUAGGUUUUGGGUCGUCGUGUUUUUGUUGUCAUUUGUUUCUAUGUAUUUUUUAAUUUCUUCUUUGAUUUCUUCAGUGAUCUCUUGGUUUUUUUGUAGUGCACUGUUUAGCCUCCAUGUAUUUGUGUUUUUCACAGUUUUUUUCCUCUUAAUUGAUUUCCAGUCUCACGGCAUUUUGGUCAGAAAAGAUGCUUGAUAUGAUUUCAAUUUUCUUAAAUUUUCCGAGACUUGAUUUGCAACCCAAGAUGUGAUCUAUCCUGGAGAAUGUUCCAUGUGCACCUGAGGAGAAAGUGUAUUCUGCCACUUUUGGGUGGAAUGUUCUGUAAAUAUCAAUUAGAUCUAUCUAGUUUAUUGUGUCAUUUAAAGCUUGUGUUUCUUAUUUAUUUUCUGUUUGGAUGAUCUGUCCUUUGGUGUAAGUGGGGUGUUAAAGUCCCCUACUAUUAUUGUUACUGUCGAUUUCUCCUUUCAUGGUUGUUAGCAUUUGCCUUAUGUAUUGAGGCACUCCUAUGUUGGGUGCAUAAACAUUUAUAAUUAUUAUAUCUUCUUGGACUGAUCCUUUGAUCAUUAUGUAGUGUCCCUCCUUUUCUCUCGUAACAAUCUUUAUUUUAAAGUCUCUUUUAUCUGAUAUAAGUAUUGGUACUCCAGCUUUCUUUUGAUUUCCUUUUGCAUGGAAUAUCUUUUUCCAUCCCUUCACUUUCAGUCUGUAUAUGUUUCUAGGUCUGAAGUGGGUCUCCUGUAGAGAGCAUAUAUAUAGGUCCUGUUUUUGUAUCCAUUCAGCCAGUCUGUGUCUUUUGGUUGGAGCAUUUAAUCCGUUUACAUUCAAGGUUAUUAUUGAUAUGUAUGUUCCUAUUACCAUUUUCUUAAUUGUUUUGGGUUUGUUUUUGUGGGUCUUUUUCUUGUCUUGUGUUUCCCACUUAGAGAAGUUUCUUUAGCAUUUGGUGUUAAUGAAUUCUCUUAGCUUUCGUUUGUCUGAAAAGCUUUUGACUUCUCCAUUGAAUCUGAAUGAGAUCCUUGCUGGGUACAGUAAUCUUGGUUGUAGGUUUUUCUCUUUCAUCACUCCUGCCACUGCCUUCUGGCCUGCUAGUUUCCACUGAAAAAUCAGCUGAUAACCUUAUGGGGAUUCCUUUGUAUGUUAUUUUUUGUUUUUCCCCUGCUGCUUUUAAUAUUUUUCCUUUGAAUUUAGUUUUUGUUAGUUUGAUUAAUAUGUGUCUUGGUGUGUUUUUCCUAGGGUUUAUCCUGUAUGGGACUCUCUGUGCUUCCUGGACUUGGGUGACUAUUUCCUUUCCCACAUUAGGGAAGUUUUCCACUAUAAUCUCUUCACAUUAUUUUCUCAGACCCUUUCUUUUUCUCUUCUGGGACCCCUGUAAUUCAAACGUUGGUGCGUUUAGUAUUGUCCCAGAGAUCUCUGAGAUUGUCUUCAAUUCUUUUCAUUCUUUUUUCUUCAUUCUGCUCCUCAGCAGUUAUUUCCACCAUUCUGUCUUCCAGCUCACUUAUUUGUUCUUCUGCCUCUGUUAUUGUUAUUGAUUCCUUCUGGUGUAUUUUUCAUUUCAGUUAUUGUGUUGUUCAUCUGUGUUUGUUUGUUCUUUAGUUCUUCUAGAUCUUUGUUAAACAUUUCUUGUAUUUUCUCAAUCCGUGCUUCCAUUCUGAGAUUCUGGAUCAUCUUUAAUAUCAUUACUCUGAAUUCUUUUUCAGGUUGAUUGCCUAUUUCCUCUUCGUUUAUUUGGUCCUGUAGGUUUUUACCUUGCUCCUUCAUCUGUGACAUAUUUUUUUUGCCAUCUCUUUUUUUUUUUUCCUCUUAUGAGUGGGAUUGUGUUCCUGUUUUACUGGUUGUUUGGCUUGAGGCUUCCAACACGAGUUUGUAGGCUAUUGGGUAGAGCUGGGUCUUGGUGCUGAGAUGAGGAACUCUGUGAGACCUCACUCUGAUGAAUAUUCCCUGAGGUCUGAGGUUCUCUGUUAGUCCAGUGGUUUGGACUUGGAGCUCCCCCCACAGGAGCUUCCUCCUAACCCUGGGCUCACAAAUCAAAAUCCUGCAAGCUGCAUGGGGUGGCAAAAAAAAAAUAACAAAGUAAAAAAUAAAAUUAGACUAGGAAACUAACAGAUAUGUUAGAAAUAAUGUAAAAAUAAAAAUAUAGAUGAAUCGACAACCGGAAGGGACAUCAGUACCACAAUAGUAAAAACGAGGAGGAGGAGGAAAAAGAUAAAAGAUCGGGGGGAGGGCGUUGGCUGUGGAGAGCAGGACCUUAGCAAGGGUGAGGUUUGGGCGAUGGGCAGGGCCAAUGCUCAGGACCCACAGGGCUGGAAAAGGCCCCGGGGGCUCCAGGGGGUAGGGCUUAGGCUCAAGCAACAGAAGGGACCCAGGUGUGCCCCCCACCCCUCGUUUCAGAGGGCAGGGGACCUCACCUUGGAGCCCAGCAGGCUUCCUGGGCUCGAGUGGGCAGGGCAAACGCCCUCCUCUCCUGCUCCUCCAGUCUGGGGUCUGGGAGUGCCCCUCCUGCCUGCCACUCCUGAUCUCUCCAGCCUCCUUCCUAUGCCCCCAGUACCAAUGCAGCUGGGUGGGAGGGUGGCGAAGAGGGAGCCUUGGAGGGCAGGGGACUGGCCUGGGAGCUCAGCAGGCACGAAAUCAUUUUUAAAUGUACUGAAAAGGCAAUUAAAAUUUUCUUUUGGAUGAUACGGAUGUCUGUUUUACUGGCUUAACUACAUAAUUUUUCAGUACAUGUAAGAAAGGUGGUUUUUCACUUAUAAAUUAUUUCUAAAAUUAGAGUUUGUAAUUAUUUAAAGUAGUCAUUGUUAAUAGUGCUAAUGUUAAUAAUGACUUUAUACACUUUAUAGAUUCUAACUGACAUAAUGUACACUUUUAAAUUACUGUCAUCCUUAUUCUGGUUUAAAAUACAGGAAGCUUUUAAGAAGAAUUGAUAUUAAUCCAGCCCUAAUGGAUACCCUUUAUCCUUAGCUUAAUUUUCUAGGGAAUUAAAAACCUAAAGUAGAAAAUUGGUUGGAUUGGGAAUUCCUUGGUGGUCCAGUGGUUAAGACUCCAUGCUUCCAAUGCAGGAGGCGUGGGUUUGAUCCCUCGCUGGGAAACUAAGAUCCCACAUGCCGCUCAAUGCAGGCAAAGAAAAGAAAACUGGUUGGAUUUCCUGAUUUUGCUUUCAAUUUAAAUUGAAGAUGACAUUAUUCUCUUUGUCUCUGCAAGAUAAUCACAAAUGCAUUACCUAUAACAUGUUUUCUUCUUUUCACAGCCUCAGUGUUUACUUGCCUGGCAAUAGCGUUGGGAUUUUAUAGACUCUGGAAAUAACAGUGAAACUACUAUAUUAUGCUCCUACUCCUGCUGCUGUUGACUUCUUAGAACAAACACUGUGCCAGGAUGGAUUUACUCUGAACAUUGAAAGUUGCAGUAGAAACUUAAUACAAGAUUAUUUAAAGUACAUAUGGACUAAAGGAAAUGUUUUAGAAUGGGAA